UACGAGACCAGAAGAAACAAGUAUGGCGGACAAUGAAAACAAAUUAUGCGAGAAGGGAUUGUUUGGUGGAGCAAUUACUUGCUUUCUUCCAGUUCACUGUAUUGAUGCAAGUACCAUCAGGGAAGUUGCUGACCACCAGGAAGUCUUUUGUCAUAAAGAGAGUGACCAGAGCAUAAUAAUUGAUAUCUUGGAAUACCAAGAACAAGCAAAAGGGGAAGAGGGACCAAGGUAUCAUUUUUUAGAUAUAGCUGAAGCAAAUGAAGCACUUUCAACAAGCAAUAUAGCGCUUAUUGAGCAAAUCCCCAAAGACUACAUAUCAUUGUCUGAAUCUCAGGAAGCUUGGUAUCUAAAUGGCACCCAGACAGUUUCAAAGUUUAAUGAAGAGGCUGGAAAUAUAAUUCAAGUAUAUCUUGCACUGUUCAGAUUACCUCAGUUUGGAACGGACCUUGUGAUCACUAUGAACAAUCCAGUACAGCUAAGCACUCAAAGCAGCAGUUAUCAACAAGGAAAUUGUGAAACCAAUGAACUAUGGACAGAAAAUACAUUUAAAUAUAUUGUGAACUCAAUUAAAAUUUUAGAUACUGGGCUUUUUGGAUAACAAACAAGAGAUACUAAUUCUC